AUGCGCCAAACUCUGCGUCGGUCCUGUGCUGCAUGUGCCAAAUCCAAAUGCAGUUGUGACCUCAGCAAGCCGCGUUGUUCUCGCUGCGUUAAGCGUCAGCUUCAGUGCGUUUAUGCAAAUGAACCGUCGGCGGCCCCGCCAGCAGCUUCUGGGCAAGCGGAUAAUGAAUCGAUAAAAAAACUUGUUGAAUCCAACACAAUACCUAGCUAUAGAUUUGGGGGUCUCGAUCCUUUCGAUUCGUAUCCACAGACAAGGCUUCCCAGGGAACACGCCCAACGCCUUAUCCAUAGCUGUAUGUAUCAAUCAACGCUGUCGCUCAAAGCGCAACUCACCAAUUUAGUUCUUCAUAAGAUUGCUUUUCAGUACUAUCCUCUCGAUCUGAACCCAGUCUCAAAUCCUUUUCUUAUCUCUUGGUGGCCACUUGCUCUGGGCGACCCAGCAUUAUUUCACGUAUCACUCCAAACAGCUUGUCUCGAUGAGGAAUUGCUAGCCCAGAGGGGUUUUCGAAUCUCGGAAAUCCUCAUGGCCGACUCUGUGACUUUGCUCCGGCGAAAAAUCGAAGACACGACACUGGCCGUACAAGACGGGACUUUGAAUUCAGUCAUUACUUUGGCAACAAUCGAGUUUGGAAAGGGCAAUAUUAAUGUUAGCGAAAUGCAUGUUGACGGAGUGAAAAAACUAGUUCACAUGAGAGGUGGCAUCAAUGCUGUAAGGCAGACCAACCCGCUUACCGCAAGGAUGGUCAGCUGGGUAUCGAUGCUCAUUAUGGGCUAUCCUCAAUUCGAGACGCAGGAUGACCUCGGCAUUGGAGAUGGCAUACCUCCUGUUCCAGAAUGGCGGUUGGAAUCGACCACCAUCGAUGAUAAUCCACCCGAAUUGAGCAGUGUUUUUACCGACCAUGCGGUCAGGAAUGUCUUCAUUCGUCUACGUAUCCUCUUCCAGCGGGCGCAGCGGAUACCUUACACGCCAUCCCGGCUUCAUGACCUCACCUGUUUUGUCGUACACCGACUACUGUCAUCUCCAGAUACGGGGAAAUCUCAGUCAACACCGGUCACAGAAUGCAUUCGCCAUGCAAUAAUACUUUACAUGUUCAUUAUCCAAGGGCCGACGUAUUACCCUCAUGGAGUUAUAUUGAACACCCUUGUCACUCGGUAUAUAGAGCAUCUCAAUCAGCUGGAAUUGACACCUCGUGUGCAUGAUUCCCUUGAUAUCUGGCUUCUUGCAGUUGGAAUGGUGGCCUCCUUUGAUACUACUCACCAUGUCGUGCUGGUAGAGAAAGCUCGAGAUAUAGCAGCUAAUCUACCACUGGAUAACUGGCACGACGCAUUCAUCUAUAUCAAGAGUGUCUUGUGGUUGGAGACUGAGGAAGGCGAAGGCAUAUUUCGGCUUCAUUGGGACCCUAUUCUUGGUGCGGCAAAUGCAGAGCCACCGGAUUUCACGGACUGUGUUUCCAGCAAUAUAUUCUUGUCUUCGGAGGAACUAUAA